AUGGAGGGGCCGCUCCCGGGCGCGGCCGACGCCGCGAGCUUCGCCGACGAUGUGCUGCGCGUCUUCGGGGCCAACCACAGCCUGUCGGCGGGGCAGCUCUCCGAGCUGCUGCAGCGCCUGGGAGCCGCGCCCGCCCUGGGCUCGGCGCUGCCGCUCGCCCACCUGCACCACAACCAGUGUUUGACUAGUGAAGAAAUCUUUUCUUUGCAUGGGAUACCGAACAACAGUCACAUAUCAAAUUCCAGCUUCUCUACAAUAUGUCCUGCAGUUUUGCAACAGCUAAUUUUUCACCCAUGUGAUCAUCAGGAAAGCUUUGUGGACACAUCUAAACCACAUUCUUUGCAAGUUUGGGGAUUUGGGUUCCUGGCUGUGUCUAUCAUUAACUUGGCAUCACUUCUGGGAUUGAUUUUAACUCCUCUCUUAAAGAAGUCAUAUUUCCCCAAGGUUUUAACUUACUUUGUGGGCUUGGCCAUUGGUACUCUCUUCUCUAAUGCAAUUUUCCAGCUCAUUCCAGAGGCAUUUGGGUUUGACCCAAAAGUAGAUAACUAUGUUGAGAAAGCUGUUGCUGUGUUUGGAGGAUUCUAUAUUCUCUUCUUUGUGGAGAGGAUUCUUAAAGUGAUACUAAAGCUCUACAACAAGACUGGCCAUAAUUACUUCGAAAAUGGAGAAGAGCAUCAUUCUCAGGAUAAGACCAGCUCACCCAAAGCACCAUCAUCCAGCAAUGGGGGCGUGUGUUACGCAAAUUCUGCUGUCAUAGAGAGCAAUGGAAAUCUUGGUUUUGACAGCAUCAGUGUGGUCUCAGCACAGGAAGAAGUCAUCCAAAGCAGUUUAUGCAAGUGUCUUAAGGGGCGCCCACUGUCAAAGAUUGGGACCAUUGCUUGGAUGGUGACAUUGAGUGAUGCCGUACAUAAUUUCAUAGAUGGCUUGGCUAUUGGGGCUUCUUUCACUUUGUCUCUGCUUCAAGGGCUUAGUACCUCCAUAGCCAUCCUGUGUGAAGAGUUUCCUCAUGAACUGGGGGAUUUUGUCAUCUUGCUUAAUGCAGGAAUGAGUACUCGGCAGGCGCUGUUUUUCAAUUUCCUAUCCGCGUGUUCUUGUUACGUUGGGUUGGCCUUUGGAAUAUUAGUAGGCAACAACUUUGCCCCUAACAUCAUCUUUGCUAUAGCUGGUGGAAUGUUCCUGUACAUCUCCCUGGCAGAUAUGUUCCCAGAGAUGAAUGAUAUGCUGCGGGAGAAAGUGACAGGAAGAAAGACGGAUCUUACAUUCUUCCUUAUUCAGAAUGCUGGUUUACUAACGGGGUUUACUGCUAUCCUGAUGAUUACCUUGUAUGCAGAAAAUAUCGAGCUGUGAAAACGGAAUCAGGAUCGGAGGCAUCAAGUAAAUUGCAACUGGAAGACACUUGAAAUCCAUACGGGGACAUUUGUUUAAUCGACUCGAUUUUGAAAGAGUGGCAAGGCCCAAUCCUGUCCCUCUUGCCCCAAAUACAGGAAAUUCUUUAGGACUUGCAGUUGAACCAAAUAGUAGGAGCUGUCAGUUUCUGUACUAUGAAAAUAAAAUAAAAAAAAAAAAAGGAAAAGAAAAGAAAAGAAAAAUCUAAUAUUUUUAUUUCUUAAAAUUAUCAGUCAGAUCUGAACUGUCAUAGAGGAAGGGUGUUACUUGGCCAGUAUAAUUAUGCAAUACAUGCAACUACAUGCAGCUCCAGACCAACUGAAAGCUGAGGUCUAAAAGUAAGAUGUGUAUUUAAAAGAAAAUAAUACAGUUUCAUAUAUUUUUUUAACUGUGAUGAAGGCAAGCAGUUUCAAAAGUGGUUAAUCUUUAUGACUUUUUCAAAAGUGGUUAAUCUUUAUGACUUUUGUUGCAGGAUUUGUCUGUGUGACAUCUUCAUUCCCCAGCAAAAAAAAGAAAAAAAAAAAAUCAAACCAUUUCAGAGUAGGUACUAAUGAAGCUAAGAUUUUUAAUUACUAAUUAACACUGGAAGGAAAGAUACCAGUUCCUGCUUUUGAUCUUUUCGCUUUAUAAGUGCACUAGGGAAUUGUUGAUUUAUUUUGAGAACCACUCUUUAAUUAGAGGGAACCUGUGUUAAAUUUAUGACUGUUUAUCAACUCCAUAGUAUUUUUAAAAUGUUCAAGUAUUGUGUUUUAUGAAAAUAAUUGUUUCAUACUGAAAUUUCACGUAUAUCCCCUUUAAAAAUCAAUUUUUUAGUCUUAAAAAGGAGAAUUUAGAAAAAAACCCUGCUAAAAUCAACAUUCCAGUAUACUUUCUUCAUAAUUUGAAUGAUUUCUUUGUGUGCAGUUGGGUGGAAUGAAAUGAUAAUAAAAUAUACAAAUUCGUACCACAAUCUGUUGCGUGUGAACUUUCUAAAAUCCUGCUUAUAUGUAUGAGUUCUUCUGAAAUAAACAACUCAUCUACUCAUUACUAAUCUGUUGUAAGAUGAGCGCGGGGAAAUGAAUAAAAAAAUACAUUCCAUUU